AUGUCUUGUCUAUGCACAGCCGCUCCUAAACGACGUCCGGAGAUACCUGUUAUUAUGGUGAAUUGGUCAGAAGAAGUUGAAAUGUACAGAAAUGAUUCUCCCGUGUAUACUGUUCAUCUUAAGCGUCCUAAAAAGCUAAAAUUCAUUUGUGUAGCGAGUGAUGGUGGCGCUAGUGGAGAAUUUACAAUGUAUCCCAGUGAUCCUAUGUCCAAGACAUUAAUGCCGCUUGAAGGAGAUGAUAUCGAGAAGGCCAUCACUAGGGAGGUGCCGUUGCAUAGUAUCGUUCGCACUAGCGAGUUGAAAAUGCAAGUAAGCAAAAACAGAAAUGGGCCAGCAGUUUUGCGAAUGAAAAAUGAUUUGAAUACUGUAAUAAUGGCUAAGGACCCUGAAAAUUUCAGUCUUAACUACGCCUGUAAAUUCCAACCUAAGGAUAAACGUAAACCGGCAAUUUAUAGAUGGCUCAAGGUAACGUUUGACCAAGUCUACCCUAUGGCAUUUGGAUGUGAAAGUGGCGACGACCUGCUUUUUAUGAAUUCAAUGCCUAGGGAUAAGAAAAAGAAUCAAGGAGGCAAAUCUCCAGAUUGCCGUCUAACGGCCGAACCUGGCAUGUUAGUCGGAAUGCACUGCCAAGACGGUGAGAGAAUGACACCAGAAAUUUGUGUUUCAGACGAGGUUUUCAAGGCACUCGAUGGCGCCUUUUCUCCCUUCAUUCCUUCUUGGCCUGCAAUGCCCAAAACACGAGGCUAUAGGUUACCAUCUAGAUUUAGACUAUACAAAGUGGAGUCUAAUGCUGGAGAUAAAAAUUUUAGGUUGGUAUGUCAUUGUACCAGCGGGGAUGUAAUAAAGAAAACAAUGGUAAUUCAAAAUGUAACACGCAGUCAGUCUGAUUUGAAAGCGCUACUCGGUUCUCCAAGCCUCCAUCCGGAACCUUAUUUCACACUAAUGAAUGAUUUGGUACCCGGACUUACGAUGAAACUUAUCGUACCGUCAGCUGGGAUCAUCGACCUGGGUAACUUCGGUCGUGUGUCCGCUGUGCUAUUACCUAAGGACCCAGAGUACAAUGCAUUUCAUGUUCGAGGACAUAACGAUGCCGUGAAUCUCGAAAUUAAGCAGUUAUUUGGAGCGAAAGGCGUUGAUAUAAGCUAUGAUCGAAACAAGAAUCAUAAUACCUACACGUUUGAUUACAAAAAGGACGCUGUAACUGUUGUCAAGGGUAACGUACCAUUUAUGUAUCAUAAGUGGGACAUAUCACCAAUAAAUAAUAGGAAGGGAGGGCAGACAACUCUAUCAUUGAUGUACAACCUAAUUCCAACUGACCCUUACACCUACGGGUGUGGUGUGGACAGCGAGGACUUAUUCCACAGCAGCGGAUUCCAGUUAUCAACUGGAUACGAGAAUGACGGCGUGACAAAAUGUAAGGUUAAUCCACAUUUAACGAGCCCAGUUGGAUUCUACUGUCCGGAAGGCUUCAUACUAGAGCCUGCCAACUGUUUUGAAUACAUGACUCACAAGCGGGGAAAUAAAGUGGUGCCAUUGUCACAUUACGCACCUCACGCAAGAGUUACUGAAGGACCACACAUUAAAGUAGCGGACUUCCAUGUGCCUAUUAUUAUGAAACACACUAUAAAAUAUGGAGAUCACGAGCUCAUGUGCAAGUGUAUGGACCAAGAUGGUAAACUGCGUGCGACGAUCACACUGGAUUUGCGCAAUCCGUCGGACUCAUAUGUCGAGGCGGAGUACCCCGAACUAAAUGCUUGA